GUCAAAUCAGUGGGCGACGGUGACCCGCCCUUACGCAGUAUUUAUCCCAUGCGUGGCGUAUUUACUAAUGCCUCUAAUUCCUUCUCGACGUCUCAUUACGUUGUUUUAACAUCCACAUCAACCGGAGGUGUCGCUAUUAUUAGCGCGGCGCGUUCAGAAACGGAACGACGCGAGAGAAACCCUACGGCGAGAAAUUUCCGGGCCGGGGCUUCCGCCUAAAAUCGUUGACCUACGAAUUAUUAUGAUGGAAAGGUCCUGAACCAGCACACACACCGUGCCAGGCUAUCCUUGGUUAUGGUGCUGUGAGUGUGGAGAAGAGAGACAGGUUCGGCUACACUGGUAGUUCUACCACUAUAUUACUAUUGUUCUUCAAACAAAGACAGCAGGCUGCGGUCAUUGUUCCAGCACUGAAGGCAGGUGGCUACGAGUUAACCAGCCAAGAUGCCGGUGCGUCGAUCGCUCAAGAACGUUGUACACAACUACACGGAGCCGCAGGUCAAGGUGCGCGAGGCGACCUCCAAUGACCCCUGGGGGCCCUCCAGCUCCCUCAUGACGGAGAUCGCGGACUUGACCUACCACGUGGUGGCGUUCUCGGAGAUCAUGAGCAUGAUCUGGAAGCGGUUAAACGACCACGGGAAGAACUGGCGCCACGUGUACAAGUCGCUGGUCCUGCUGGAUUACAUCAUCAAGACGGGUUCAGAGCGGGUCGCGCAGCAGUGCAAGGAGAACAUCUUUGCCAUACAGACUCUGAAGGACUUCCAGUUCAUCGACAGGGACGGGAAGGACCAGGGCGUGAACGUGCGCGAGAAGUCGAAGCAGCUGGUGGCGCUGCUGAAGGACGAUGAGAGGCUGAAACAGGAGCGGCAGCGGGCGCUGAAGGCCAAGGAGAGAUUCGCGCAGGCGAACACGGGUAUCGGAAGCAGCUCGCCACAGCUGUUCAGCGAGACACAAGAGGGGAAGGGGGCGUCAAGUUCUCCAUACAGAGCUGACGACACUAACUUUGGGGACGUUGGUCCAGCCUCUGAAGCCACUGCAGGAACACCUCCGGGAAUCUCCUCAGACAUCGAGCAGGCGCGUCCGCAGACCCACGGGGAGGAGGAGCUGCAGCUCCAGCUGGCUCUGGCCAUGAGCAAAGAAGAGGCCGACCAGGUCAGUAAAGAGAUGGCCCAAGUCAAGUCCCAGCCGGCUGCAGCCUCGGGGCCGCCUGCCCCGGCCACAGCCGCCUCACAACCGCCUGCCGAGGAAGACGACAUUCAGCUCCGCUAUGUUCUUGCCAUGAGCAAAGGGGAAGCAGAGAAGGAGGAGCGCAUGAGGCGUGGGGAUGACGUUAGGCUGCAGAUGGCCCUGGAGGAGAGCCAGAAAGAAAACUCCAAGGAAGAGCUGAACCAGUCUUCCCUGUUGGACCUUGCUGACACGACACCACCAGGACCUGCAGCUGACCCCUGGGGAGCCCCGGCUCCAGCCAACAACUCUGCCCCUCAGCCAAUCCGACAGGCAGACCCGUGGGGUGGCGGCGGUGCCACCAUUUCCGCUCCCGCCUCCGCUACCAACAUGUCCUCCCUGGCACAAGCCGACCCCUGGGGUUCCAGCUCACCCCCAGCCCAGCCCAAGUCAGCCCCACCCCCCAUCCAGCAGGCAGACCCCUGGGGCGGGGGCUCGACGAGCCAGCCCUCGUCUCAGUCCCAGUCCCCCUGGGGGUCUCCCGCCAUCAGCAGCAGUGCUCCCGUCAGUAGCACCUCCUUCGAUGCAUUCGGAAACAGCAGCCAACCUGCAGCCAACGACUUGGACGGCUUCGACCUGCUCGGCUCACGGUCCACGGGGGGCAGCGGGGACCUCCUCGGGGGAGGGGGUGUUUCCUUGCAGAACAACAGCGGCGGUGUUGGUGCGUUCAACAUGAUGGGGCUGGACCAGGGCCUGCCCAUGCAGCAGGGCUCCAAGAAGACGCCCGAGACUUUCCUCGGGGAGAACUCCUCCCUGGUGAACCUGGACAACCUCAUCAGCGCGCCCGCAGCCCCGCCGCCCCAGCUCCCGCCCCCGGUUCAACCUGCAGGCACCAACCCGUUCCUCGGGAUCGCUCCGCCGCCCCAGCCAGUCGCCCAACCGGCCCCCGCCAAGCCCGUCAGCAACCCAUUCCAGGCCCAGAUGGUCAGACCGCCUACUAUAAACCAAAUGCGUUCGCCGCCCGGACCCCCCGCACAGCCGGGACUGGUGGGGCUGGGCGGCACGGACGGCCUCCCACAACCUCUCCUCCCCAUGGGCAACACAGCACAGCCUGCUCAGCCUACCAACCCCUUCUUAUGAAAUUGUGACAACGCUAGAGCUAGCUGUAACUGUGCAUGGUUCAAAAAGAGGUACAAAUUAAUAAUUCCGCUCAGCCAAAAUGCUCGCACAGAUGCGAGGGUCUUAAACAUGUGUCGAUUGGGGAGGGGGGGAGUUCAAACGCCAGCAAACUGUGACUGCAAAAACGUCCCCAUCAUUUUCACGUGAUCAACUUCAUCCGGUAGGGUAAGAUGUCGGCAAUUGUACACUAAAGAUUUGUAGAAGUGUGAAUCGUAGACAGGUACGAUACAGACCAGUGUUUCUAGGAGAAAAUUGCAGAGGUCUGUCAGCUAGAAAUGAAUUAAGCAUAAAAUGUAGACAAACCCUUGAUAUGCUGACACCUCAGCACAUGCGCCGUGUGUAUGUAUAUAUAUCGUACAGUUUUGGUCUGGGAUGAUAACAUGAGAGCUAUGGUUCUUGUACUGAAAGUGUGUGCUUGGCUUUCGACUCUCAUACUGAGAUGUUACCGUAGCAGUCCACUCCAUUUUUGUAAGAAAAGACGCAAGGAAAAAAAAAUGACUACAAAUAUCAUCACAGGUAGUGUGUUUCAACUACAUGUAUUUCAACACUUUUGGACGAAGUACUUUUAGCCUGGACUUGGACAACGUGACUAUGAUAAUUUCAGUAAGGAGGUUGCCAUGCAGAUGUGUGGGGAAAAUGCAACGAAUGCUUCUUUGCUGUAUGCAUGUCUGCAGCUAACUGGAUAUUUAUAUGCAGGGCACGAAAUACUUUUACCUGCAUACCUGCUUUGGUUCAGGUGACAUUCAAAAUUACCUGCACCAGUGAAAUUUUGAAUUUCGGUCCCUUUCAGUCCUUGAAAAAUAUUUGUAGGUGGGCCCGGUGCCAUCUUAAAUUUUAAUCUGUUGUAUAACAGGAUACUACUUUGGAUUGAUGCAGGUUAGAAGCAGGUAGACAACAGAAAUCUUAUCUGCAGUAACCUGCACGUGCAGGUGGUAUUUGGAGCCCUGCUGUGGUAGUAAAUUGACAAUCAGGCAGUGCUAAGUUUGCAUAAUGCCAGGUGCUUUUAAUUUCCAGUCUUCUUCACCACUCCUUGCAGACAUGGGCCCUCAUUAAAAGAGCUUUGCUCAGCAAUGAUCUUUUUCCAUCUGACAUCUGCAAAAACUCAAAAUCUUUUCCACAUUGAGGAUGCCAAUUUUCUAUCUAAAAUGAGGGAUGGACAGACUUGUUGGUCGUACACAAGUUUGAAAAAUGAAAGACAUUAGGCAGCAGUUAAUCCUGAGUUAAAAUUGGUAUCUUCUGCCUUUUCUGUUGUUUUCCCACCACAGCAUCAUUUUCUUUUAUCAACGCUCAAAAUAGAAAGCUUCAUGGAUGUAGUAGUUUGGGAAUAGUGCCACAAGCACCACGUGUUCAACUGCUUUCUUUCUACUCAUUUUAAACUAAAUUAACAGACUUACCAUGUUAUAUAAAACCCUGAAUAUAUGUAUUUAGCAGUCUGUGCAUAUAUCAUAACUUUGCCAUGGCAUUGUCAGAAAAUGUUUUUCAUUUCUCAAAGCUAAAUGAACUACAUGUCCUCUCAACCCAAUGGCCUUUGUUGUAUUUUUGUACACAAAACCUAGCCAGCAUUUGUGUCCGCAGUUCAACCUAAUGCAACUCAAGGCAAAAUUCCUUAUCAUGUCAAAUCACUACAUCAUUUCUUGUCAGGAAGUUUGACUCGGAAGUUUGUUCGCUAUCCAAGACGAUGUUUUAUUACAAUACUUGCUACAUUAUGUCUUUCAGAAAGUCCAGAGGGUAAAGAAAAAGGGUUGUACUUUUACACCGUGUGUGUGUGGUCUUACCCACAUAAUUACUCUGUGGAAACUAAUAUUCUAGUUUCAGACUUUGGUAUUCAAAUGUUUUCAUUGUGGUUUCGUGAACAUGAAAUUUCCAGUGUUUGCAAAUUGUCGACUCUAACAUUAUGAUAUUGGUUUGUAUUGUAUGACUAGAUAUUGUUAACUUUAACGUUAUAUUGAUUCUUCAUGUAGUCAUAACGACUAAAAUGCAGCUAUGGGGUUUUUAAAAUCAUAUUUAAGACAGACAACUGAAGGUAGAGUAGCACACUAGAAUAUUGUAUGAUGAUUUUCAACGCUUAUUUUGAACUUCAUUUCUGCUAUGUAUGACCAGAAUAAGACUGACGAUCUACUAUUGUAUAUUAUUAUAAUUAUUAUAGUACUGAAAACUAUAUUUUGGUAGAAGUAAAAAGAUUACUGCCUCUUUCACUUACUAAAAUCUGAUGUUGAAUAUGUCAAAAGUGAAUGUAAAAUUUGUCAUUUGUACACGAGUACUAUAGAUUUGCUGUGCUUUUGGCUCCUUUUUGUAACUGGCAGAGGGUCACUUUAAACCACACAGAUUUGAUUUAUGAUGGCAUCCUCUGUUGCAACAAAUUCAAUAUGUUUUGCAAUAAGCCAUUUUCAAACUGCUCAUUUUUGAAAUUUCAUAACAUACAUGUUUUUUUUUACAAAGGGCUUUUCGAUUCUGGUACAUUGUUGCAAAAUGCAAGCAUUGUUGUGUAUGAUGUUACCUAAUUGUUAUGGAGGUUGAAAUAAACAGAAAAGCACCAUGAUGAUGUUAUCAAUAAAUUCACUUUGUGUGGACUACGUGACUUUA